AUGUACUGCAUGCCGUUCAACUGCGAGCCGGGCAACUCGUACUCGCAGUCCUCGUGCUGGGACACAGCGCACUGCGUCAAGAGCAACGUGAACUUUGCCUCGGGCAACUCGUUUGCACAGAUCGCCGACUACAGCGGCAACCCGGCGGAUGCGGCCUUUGUGUCGCAGUUCGAGCCGUCGAACGCCAAGCAGGCGAACGGCGAGCUGGAGAUGACGCUGGUGAAGCAGGGCGACGGCAAGGGCUUCGGCGCCACGGUGAUCAACACGCGCGCGAUCCAGUACGGAACCGUCACGGCGGUGAUGAAGUCGGGCUCGGCCAGCGGCGGCGUGGUGUCCUCGUUCAUUAUCCGUAACGACAAGGUCGGAGACGAGAUUGACUUUGAGUUCGUCGGCGCCGACAAGGCCACGGUCCAGUCCAACUACUACUGGCACGACAACCUCGACUACACCAAGAUGGUCAAGUCGCCGAUCGUCUGGACCCCCGACCAGAUCCAGUGGGGCGUCAACGGCAACAUCUUCCGCACUGUCAAGCGCGCUGACACGUGGAGCGCCGCGACCAACUCGUUCCAGUACCCGGACUCGGAGUCGUACGUGAGCUUCUCGAUCUGGGACGGCGGCUCCGGCGCCAAGGGUACCUCCGACUGGGCUGGCGGUGCCAUCCAGUGGGGCGAGAACUCGUUCGUCAUGGGCGUCAAGUCGCUGACCAUCGACUGCUUCUUCAACGGAAACGAGACCACCUACAAGCCCCCCAGGGCCGCCACCAGUGACAGCGCCGAGGAGUCCGACAAGUCCAGCGAGGCUGAGUCUGCCACCGACGACGUCGAGGACUCUGCCACCGAGGAUGUCAGCGAGGAGACCGGCGCGACCGAGACCAGCACGACCAGCUCCAAGGUCACGUCGGCGCGCACCUCUGCCUCUUCCUCGGAGAACUCGGGUGUCUCCAUGGUUGCGUCGCUGGGUGCCCUUGCUGCGGCCCUCUUUGCUGCCACUGCGUUCUAA